AUGAUGUCGCGAAUCCUUGUUUGUUUUGUCGUUAAGGAGCUACGCUUCGGACGAUCGAAGAACCGUUCUGCUGGACAGGCCAGCGUGGAAAUAUAUCGGAGUUGCUCUCGAGUCACAUUAUCCACCCGAACAAAGCACACCACUCCACGCAAGAGUGGGACUUUGCGCGAACAGUGAACCCUUCGGCAGUAGCUCUAAACUUUUCCAGGCAGCAAACCUCGGAUAGUUAUAAUUCUUCUCUCGCACUCUACAAUCAAGAUGCCGCUACGGCGUUUUGGUGCAAAGUGUAAGCGGCAAUGGCGAUACUCGAGGCUUUCCGGUCAAUUCUAAAAUAGUCAAAGUAGGGUUCCUGUCAGGGCUUGUCCAGAUUGGACUGAAAUAUAUUGUCUACAUUUUCUAUGGCCUCGUAAGUUUGGGUUUGGUGAUUCUUUUGUGUGGCAUCGUACACGAGGUUUUGUGGCUUUCGUUUACUGAAC